AGCAGGGAUUGUGGACCUGACAGAGAGAGGCAGACAGCCUUAUACAGACUUUCUGUGAAAGCGACACACACAUCUUGAAACACAGUUGUUUAUUGGUCUCCACUCUCCAGAGGGUCUGGGAGGUCCCUGGAGUGUGUGUCUGCUUGGGUGCACGAGGUGGGAGGGUGUGUGUUUUUUAUGUGUUGAUGAGUGUGUGGGUGUCUCGCGUCACUUUUCAUGGGACAUUGAGAGAUGUGUGUGUCACAGCGUCGGUGGACGGGCUAUAGGGGGCCGUGCUCCCCCGCCCUCCCCCUGAUCUUCCUCCUCCUCCUCCCUCUGUCCUUCCUCUCCUCCACGCCUCCCUUCGCUCAGGGAGCCAUCCAAAUCCCCGAAAACUAUAAAGUGCAAAACAUGUCACAGCCUCCAGUGCUGACAGAGACGCCGAUAUCGUACACAGCCUUUUCUCAAGAGGACAUCCAUCUUCCCUGUGAGGCUUCUGGUAACCCAAAACCCACUUACCGCUGGAUGAAGGAUGGCUUGGUUUUUGGAUCGGAGCGUAAUGACUCCGGGACGUUGCGAGCUGAAGGCGAUGAGCUUCUCACUCAGUACGAAGGCUACUACCGCUGCUACGCCUCCAACAUGCUGGGGACCGCCGUGACACAAACCGUACGGGUCAUCGUGGAGCAUGGGAUGGGGGAGACUCUUUACCCGCUGGUCCCAGAGCACAACCUGACGCCUUUCACAUUCAAAUUAGCUCUUAUUGGCCUGCUGCCAAUCCACCGAGAGCGCCGACACCCAGCAGCCUCAACAGCCACUCACAUCACACCUAAUCCCUGCUGGCAGGUAGAAGAAGGUACCCUGCGCUUUGAUUUUGGCUCUUCACAUAAUAACCCGCAUCCUCUUGAUCUUCAAGGUGUGAGGUCGAGCCCGGUGGCUGUGCUCUCCAGCAGCUUGUUCUCGAUCCGGGGAUGA